AUGGCAUCACUACGACCAGCCUCGCGCCGAAUCCUCUCGUCCACCACAUAUGUGCCCCGCCAAUACACACGAUGCCUUGCCACGGCAGCAUCAGAUAUCACGCCCUCAUCACCGAACGCAACACAAUCGAAACCCCGACGAGCCACAAAAUUCUCCGAUGUCCUUAACAGCGGUCCAGCAUUCGGCGAUUUUGUCUCCGGCAAAGAAGCCCCUUUGAGCCCUGAAGAGGCUUUGGAAUUGAAGACGGUCAUGGUUGGCCCCGCCGGCAAGAAGAAGCCUCAUACACGACUGCCCGAAUGGCUCAAGACGCCCAUUCCCAGCAACAACAACUUCAAGAAAAUCAAGAAUGACCUGCGUGGUCUGAACCUACACACCGUCUGCGAGGAAGCCCGCUGUCCCAACAUCUCCGACUGCUGGGGCGGCGAUGACAAGUCUGCUGCUACUGCCACUAUCAUGCUCAUGGGCGACACAUGUACCCGUGGAUGCCGAUUCUGUUCCGUCAAGACAAGCCGAAAGCCUCCUCCGCUAGACAUCCACGAGCCUGAAAACACAGCCGAGGCCCUGUCCCGAUGGGGUCUUGGUUAUGUUGUCUUGACCUCCGUCGACCGUGAUGAUCUUGCAGACGGUGGUGCGCACCACUUUGCCAGCACCAUCAUCAAGAUCAAGCAAAAGGCUCCUACAAUGCUUGUCGAGGCUUUGACUGGUGAUUAUUGGGGUGAUCUGGAAAUGGUCAAGGUGGUUGCACAGAGUGGCUUGGAUGUCUACGCACACAACAUGGAAACCGUCGAGGCCUUGACACCUCAGGUCCGCGACCCUCGCGCAAAGUUCCGCCAAUCGCUUGAUGUUCUCAGAACCGCCAAGGAAUCCAAGGAGGGCUUGAUCACAAAGACCAGUUUGAUGCUGGGACUCGGCGAGACGGAGGAUCAGCUAUGGGACACACUCAAGGAACUUCGCAAAAUCGACGUCGACGUUGUCACUUUCGGCCAAUACAUGCGCCCCACCAAGCGCCACAUGAAGGUCGAAGAAUACGUUUCACCCGAGAAGUUUGAGCUCUGGAGACAACGCGCGCUUGACAUGGGCUUCUUGUACUGCGCCAGUGGUCCCUUGGUUCGCAGUUCCUACAAGGCCGGAGAAGCAUUCAUCGAGAAUGUCAUCAAGAAGCGUGCUAAGAAGAACCAGCUCGCUAUGGCUGAGGGUGCAGGCGAUUUCAAGCCUUUGAACGCCGCUUAG